AUGGCCACCACACCGGCAGGGCGCAUGCUCUCGCGCCAACUGCAGCAAAUGCAGUCCAGCAAAGAUAUCCCGGGGAUAAGCUGUGGUCUGGUGGAUAAUAACGUGUUCGAGUGGGAGGUUAUGUUGAUGAUUUCGGAUGAUGUGCAGUUGUAUGGUGGAGGCUUCUUCCGUGCUCUCCUCUCCUUUCCCCAGGAAUACCCACACAUGCCUCCGAAGAUGAAAUUCGAGUCGCCUCUUUUCCAUCCUAAUAUCUACCCAACCGGCGAAGUUUGCAUCUCCAUCCUGCACCCCCCCGAGGAAGACAAAUACGGCUACGAGUCCGCCGCCGAGCGCUGGUCCCCCGUGCAAACGCCCGAGACGAUCCUGUUGUCAGUGAUUUCGAUGCUGUCGUCUCCGAACGACGAGAGUCCGGCAAAUGUGGAGGCGGCGCGGUUGUGGAGAGAGGAUCCGAAGGAGUUUAAGAGGAGGGUUAGGAGGUGUGUUAGGGAGAGUUUGGGGGAAGAAUAA